AUGGUGUUAUAUUUCGAAAACAAGCAUAAUUACAAUUUUGACUUUGAAACUGCAAGUUUAGCAUAUUUGAACAGAUACCCAAACCCAUUUGCCAAACAUGUCUUAUCCGUUGACACUCUAGACCACUAUAUCGAUUCCCAGGGACAAUUAUGCACCACACGUGUUGUUGUUAAACGAGGCAAACUACCCAGUUUCAUCAAACCAUUCUUGGGUGUCGCAAAUUUGAAUUCCUGGAUCAUUGAAAAAUCUAUAAUCAAUCCUAAAACUAAGACCUUGAUAUCGUAUACAAGCAAUAUUGACCAUCGAAAAUUUAUCAGAGUUGAGGAAUAUAUCAAAUACAAAGGUGAUGUUGGUGCUGGAUGCACAACAGUCGAGAGCAAGGUGAAAUUUUCAUCCAACUUCUUUGGCUUGAAAUCAAAGAUUGAAGAAUGGAGUCAUAAGCGCUUUUCAACGAAUAUACAAAACUCUAGAGAUGGAUUGAACUAUGUGAUGACUAAAUUGAAAGAACGAGGAAGAAAUUAUUUAAUUCAAAAGCAAGCACAGAUGAUGAUGCAAAUACUGAACCAAGUGGAUUAA